AGAAUGGAUAAUGUUUCCAACAUCUUUGUGUUCUCCCUCUCUGGAUUAAAUGUAACAAUGGAAAACAGAUAUGUUUUUUUUUCAUUGACCACACUGGUUUAUCAUGUUAUCUUGUUGUGCAACAUCACUGUUAUUUUAUGCAUUGUCUUAGAUAAGCAGCUUCAUGAGCCUAUGUACAUAUUUUUGUGUAAUUUAUGUAUCAAUGCACUUUAUGGCACUACAGGCUUUUACCCUAAAUUCAUGUAUGACUUACUGACCCAGCUUCAUGAAAUUUCAUAUGUCGGAUGUCUGAUUCAGGUAUUUGUCAUUUAUUCAUCUGCCCUAUGUGAUAUAUCAACUCUGACAGUAAUGGCGUAUGACAGAUAUGUGGCCAUAUGCAAACCACUAGAGUACCACUCUGAAAUGAACAACCAAAAAGUUGUAAAAUGUAUUCUCUUUUGUUGGCUUCCACCAAUUAUUUGCAUGGCUGUUGUAGUGCUGUUAACAGCAAGACUAACCCUGUGUGGCUCAAAUAUUGAAAAGCUUUAUUGUGAAACCUGGGCAGUUGCUAAACUGGCCUGCUCCUCUACAAUAGUAAACAAUGUGAUUGGUUAUAUAAUUAUUAUUGUUUAUUUUGGACAUGCAGUAUUGAUUGCUUAUUCAUACAUUCACUUGAUUAGAAACUGCACAAAGUCAAAGGAGAGCAAAUAUAAAUUUAUGCAGACUUGUGUGCCACAUCUACUUGCUCUGUUUAAUAUUGCUGUUGCUUUGUUGUUUGACGUGUUUUACAGUCGAUAUGGUUACACAUCUUUUCCUCGAAGUUUGCGAAAUUUCAUGUCAUUGGAUUUUAUGUUUGUACCUCCUGUUUUAAAUCCCCUUAUUUAUGGACUAAAAUUGGCCAAAAUACGGAAGCAAGUGAUAAGAAUGAUCUUCAGAUUCAACACUGCUAUUGCAUAAGCCGGAAAUGGUUUGCUGUGUUUUCACUUUCAUUUUAAUCUUUCAACAGGCACACAAUGAAAA